CUUUCCUGAGUCUGUUAUUAAUGAGCCAAAGAGAGCCGAUUCUGAGCUUAUAUAUUUUGUUAAAACCAGAAGACGUGCAGCUUCUGAGCUUCGACUGCAGGACCAACUUUGGAGUGUGAUUUGAGCGGACACCUCCCCCCUCCCCGACCUGCUGCUGCGGAGGGAAACGUCCCCGGAUCGAGUCCAGAAUCCCGAUAGAAGGAGAGGAAACAAACAGCCGCAAUAAACAAGAAGAGGGCGAGGAAUAACAGGAAGACGUUUUGUGCCGGGAGGACUAGAGGGACAAAAUGUGAAGAGAGGGGAGAAAGAAAAAGAAAGAAGGUCGCUUUAAUUUUUUGCUCCUGUUUUGGCUGCUGCCGGUUUCCGGAGUGAAUUUCUCAGAGGAUGCUGCUGAUGCUGCUGCUGCCGCAUCUCUCCGAGCGCAGAUAGCUCCUCACCAUCCGCGCAUCUGAUAGUGAUAAACGGCUGAAGGAGGAAGAGCAGGAAGGGGAGGAGGAGGAGGAGGAGAUGUUGGCUGGACCUUCAGAAGGAUUUCCCUGAAGCAUCUGUCCGCAUCUCAGUCGCAUCACUGCCGACUUCUCUCGGACGCGAAGGGAGAGGAACCCCAGAAGAAAAGCGCGGAAAAUUUUCCUUUCUCCUCAAUUAUUCAUCUGCUUUCUGCGCCCCGCACACACUGCUGUCUUUGUCUCGCAUCUUCAGAGGAUGAUUUCAAACGGAGAGGCGGCGGACGGCGCCCCUGAUUGCUCCAGCAGAGCGACAUGCAGCCUAAAAUAACCCCGGAGUCGGAGAGCAAAGCGGCGGAUAAAUCGUCUUCUCAUCGGCGCACUGCUGGUUCUGGUUGCUCAAGCUUCCCUGCGGCUUUCCGUCCAGCUGAUGUUACCCGGUGAGACGUCCCUGCAGCCUCCAGAUCGCCGCUGAACAUCACCUGACCUUCCGCCCGCCCUAAAGACCCAAAACAAACCAGCGCCCGAACUCUUUUUCAUGGCUUUUGUCUUCAGAAGAUGGAGGGUGUUACUGCUGCUCAACGUGCUGGCGGUCGCAGGGUUCAUGACCUUCUGGGCCAAGUGCAACACCCGCAGCGUGCAGGCGGUCGGUCCGGAGGCUCCGGCUGACGGGAGGCGGCCCCGGGCCAACGGGACGGCGCAGGGGCCCAGCGUGAGCCACGAGGUGCUGCUGAAGAGGCUCAGCUCGCUGGAGGAUGUGGUGUACCGGCAGCUAAACGGUCUGUCCAAGUCCCUGGGCCUGAUCGAGGGCUUCGGCGGCCGCGGGAAAGGCGGCCUGCCCGCCACGCUUUCCCCGCUGGAGGAGAACGACGCCAAGUACCUGAAGGAGAAGUACGGCUACAACGCCUACCUGAGCGACAGGAUCUCUCUGGACCGGACCAUCCCGGACCACCGGCCCAACAAAUGUAGAAAAGUCAGCUACCCCCGAGACCUUCCUCAGAUCUCCCUCAUCUUCAUCUUCGUCAAUGAGGCGCUGUCGGUCAUCCUGCGCUCCGUCCACUCGGCCGUCAAUCACACGCCGGCUCACCUGCUCAAAGAGAUCAUCCUGGUGGACGACAACAGCGACGACGAGCAGCUGAAGGGACCGCUGGAGGAUUACGUGAACAAGCGCUACCCUGGGCUGGUCAAGAUCGUCAGAAACCAGAAGAGAGAAGGACUGAUCCGGGCCAGAAUCGAGGGCUGGAAGGUGGCGACGGCGGAAGUUACCGGGUUCUUUGAUGCCCAUGUGGAGUUUACUCCGUCAUGGGCCGAGCCGGUGUUGGCCAGAAUAAAAGAGGACCAUAAGAGGAUCAUCCUGCCGUCCAUCGACAACAUCAAGCACGACACCUUCGAGGUGGAGCGCUACGAGAACUCGGGCCACGGCUACAACUGGGAACUGUGGUGCAUGUACAUCAACCCGCCCAAGCAGUGGUGGGACGAGGGGGACAUGUCUGCACCUAUCAGGACUCCUGCCAUGAUCGGCUGCUCCUUCGUGGCCAACCGGGACUACUUUGGGGAACUCGGCCUGCUGGACUCGGGCAUGGACGUCUACGGAGGGGAGAACAUUGAGCUGGGCAUCAGGGUUUGGCUCUGCGGCGGGAGCAUGGAGGUGCUGCCUUGCUCCAGAGUGGCUCACAUCGCUCGAAUGAAGAAACCUUACCACAGCAACAUCGCGUUCCACACCCGGCGCAACGCUCUGCGUGUGGCAGAGGUCUGGAUGGACGAAUACAAAUCCAACGUGUACCUGGCCUGGAACAUCCCCAUGGAGAACCACGGCAUCGACUACGGCGACGUUUCUCAGAGGGUCGCGCUGAGGAAGAAUCUGCAGUGUAAGAGCUUCCAGUGGUACCUGGACAACGUUUACCCGGAAAUGAGGAGGUACAAUAACACGGUGUUCUACGGUGAGAUCCGUAACUCCAAAGUGAGCCACCUGUGUAUGGAUCAGGGUAUGAAGGAAAACCACACAGCCACCCUUCACCCCUGCCAUGGCUGGGGUCCUCAGUUGGGACGCUACACCAAAGAGGGUCAGCUGUUCCUGGGUCCGCUGGGCAGCACCGGAGACGACACGCGCUGCGUGGUGGACGACCAGAUCAGCAGCUUUCCCCAACUCCUGAACUGUGACAAGGUGACCAACGCCAAGCAGAAGACGUGGAGCUUCUCCCAGAACGACUCCAUCGUAAACCGGGCCACGGGUCGCUGUCUGGAGGUGGUGCCGGCCAACGUUUACUUUGGCCACCUGCUGGUCCUGCAGCCCUGCUCGGGUCAGAGGUGGACCAUCAAGAACGCUAUGAAGCAAUAGCCACCGGCGCGGCCCGUUUCCUGGGCUGCGAUUGGCUCAGCCUGGUCACAACGAGCCAACAAGACGCUGAACAGAAAUGUUUUAUCAAGACUUUGGGUGCCAUGAAGAUUAUCGUGAAUUAUUUUUUAUAAAAUGAACAUUCAGAAUGACAAACUAAGCAUGAGGACUGAUUCUGUCUGAUUUAUUUU